GUGUACUCGUAUGAGGGGUGCAUUCCCCCCACCCCCCCACCAGUGCCAACAGGAAGACCAGGCACAACCUUCCGGUGGUCUGACGUGGAGACCUGGAAGGAGGUGCCUGUGGGGUCUGGCGGCCACCCCACGGAGGAGGAAUACAAUCUGCCUGUAGAUGGAGACGAGAUUAUCAUUCCUAAGGGGAUGUGGCUCAUCGUUGACACUAUCACACCCAAGCUGGCCCGUGUGUAUGUGUACGGCACCAUUGAGUUUGAUGACACAAUGGAUCACGAUUUUGAGGCAACUAUUAUUUACAUCCAGGGAGGAUCUGUGGUGGCUGGCUUCUCUUCAGAGGCUCCCUUCACCCACAACCUUAAACAUUCGCCUCCGUGGCUCCCUUGACCCCACUGACCCUGACAAUGAGGACAUGCCCAUGCCCCCUGAGGUCCCCCAACGUGGGCUGGAAGGCUAUGGGUGUGUUUGGCUACCUGAGGCUGCAUGGGCAGGUGUCGGGAAGCUCCUGGAUCAAGCUUGGGGCCACGGCUGAGUCUGGGAGCAGCACUGUCACCCUGGCCGAGGCUCCUGAUGCAUCUUGGCUCAACAAACAGGUGGUGGUGACGGCAACAGGCAAGGAGGCAACGGAAAGUGAGGUUCGGGUGGUGACGGAUAUCUCUGGCUCCACUCUCACCCUGGACAGCCCUCUCAACUUCCAGCACCUUGGGGACACACACACUCUAUCGGACAGCUCCUCCAUUACCCUGGCUGGCGAGGUGGGCCUGCUGACUCGCAACAUUGUGGUGGAAGGAAACACAUACGAAGGUUUUGAGGAUGACAGUUUCGGAGGAAGGAUUCUGGUCUCGAAAAUGACGCAGGAUGGAACUGAUUAUGUUGGCACUGCUCAGUUUGAUGGCGUUGAGUUCCGCAACAUGGGGCAGGAAGGCUUCACCGACCUGGAUGACCCCCGCUACUCCCUGGCCUUCGUGGGGCUGGAUGCCAUCGAGGAAGACUCCAGCUACGUCAAGAGGUCGUCCUUCAACCUCAACUACAAUGUGGCUCUUGGACUCAUUGGGACGUCUAACAUGAUGGUGGAAGACAAUGUUAUUUAUUUUGCACUGGAUUCAGGCAUCCGAGACGAGACAGGCUCCAACACAUACACAAGCAACCUCAUCACAACUGUCCUCUUCCUGGGAACUUAUGGUGACCGAGAGGAGACGGAGAACCUCAAUGUCUAUGGCGCAUUCCAGCUUGACAAUGCACCAAACACUGUACUCACCAGCAAUGUUAUCGCUGGUGCAGAACAGGCGGGCUACAAGACCUUUGGAGAGCCGUGUGAGGAUGCAACACAGUGGGCAGACAACGAAGUGCACAGUGCUGUCUUUGGCAUCAUGUCGUGGAGGAAGGGAUCCAUAGGGCCGGUGACAGACUGCCGCAGACUCAACAACUUCUACGCCUGGAGGGUUUCGAGCACAGCCUACUACGUGCAGUACUACGCCAGCUCCUUGGUCACAAAUGUUCUCUCUGUUGACAAUCUAUUGGGAGUGAAUCAACUCAUCUACAAGCCUGGAGCGCUGACUCACGAGUACCACGCCAAGACAGCCACGAUCACCAACUCCAAAUUUGUGUCCUCCUCCCCGUCUCACUCCUGCACCUUCCAAGAAUCCCAGACCGAGAUUAUGAGCUUCUACGGCAACAGGUUGUGGAACAGUGGUGUUGAUGGCGGGAACACAGCCCUGGUCUUUGGAACGUUCAUGUCUGGGAAUAAUAUGGCCCCCAAGCACGCCUUCUUCCCCACGGACACGUACCCAGCCCUGUAUGGCUCCACACACAUCCAGGACGUCACCUUCCACAACUUUGGCGACACAUCCUGUGGUCGGGACAUCGCUCUCAUGGCCAACCCUGCCUCAGAUGACGCCAUCCACCCCAUCUUUGUGAGCGGCCUGACCUUCCAUGACACACCCGAGGAUAACUACCUGUUCAUUCCCAGACCCAAUGUGGAGAAGGUGAAUCCGUCAGACUGUGUGGAUAUGGAUUGCGAUGGACAUAGAAAGGUGGUGUGCACGGAUGAGGAUGGAUCAUUGCUGGGUGGAUCGGGAGGCACAGUGAUCUCUCAGGCAGAGUGGGAGUGGGACGGAGAUGAAAGGAGGGGAAUAGGAGACUACCGCAUUCCUGUGCCACUCAGGCAGAAUACCGAUGGUACCGAGAUUGAGGCGGCUGAGAAGUUCCCUAAUAAAGGCAUUGUCCGGGACAACUCCUGCUCCAUUGUGUCGUCAUGGCAGGCAUGGAAGUGCACCUCUCUCUCUCACCGCAUGAUGAUCAUUGAGAGCAUGGACACUGACACUGAGGUGCGGCGUCUCUCCCCCAUCGCUGUCAUCGCCAACCCAGGUAUCUCAGGGUACGUGGACCUCCUCAAUGGACCAAUGGACAGAGGCUGGUGUUUCGGAUACACUUGUCAGGAGCGCAUCUCAACUUUCUACGCCGUCUUGGCCAGCCAGGAGGUCUAUGAGAUAGGCAUGACCAGCACACCGCCCCAGAUGCUGCGUCUUCACCUCCUACACGCGUCGUCCUCUGAGGCCGUCGUCCUGCGCAUCUUCUUCCCCAAGCCUCAGCGCUAUGACAUCUAUGUGGAUGACGUCUUUGUUCCCCCGACUAACCUUGACACCUCUGCCUCCGGGUACCAGCUGAUCCCUGAGGACCCCAGCAGCCCUGAGGAGUUCUUCCCCACGCUGGAUGAUGCGGUGGGCACCAACUACUUCCAGCGCAAUGCCAAACUGGUGCACGUGGUGCUGCGCAGUGGCCAUGUUGUCGACAUCAAGACCACCCCAAUGAUCACCCUCUCCAGCGGCCUUGUGGUGAACGAUGACGAAUUCUUUGAGCAGAACCUGGUGUCCAAUCUGGCUGACCUGUUUGGAGUGUCCGAGGAGAACAUCAGGCUCACCAAUAUUGUGCGGGAGGACUCCAGGAGGCGACUGGGACGCCAGGAGGAUGGCACUGUGCUGGUGGAGGCAACGGGUGAGGUGGCCAGUGCUCCCACCAGUAGCCUGAGUGGUGAGGGAGAGGAGGGAGUUACUGGAGGGGAGGUAAUUUCCUACGAGAAACUGAUGCAGGAUCUGGAGGCGGCUGUCAACAAGUUCCAGGAUGGAUCUUGCAGCUACUGUGCCUCUCUCAAGGUGAAUGACCCCAUCGAGCCGCCACCCAAGGAAGCCCCUCCCAAGGCCACACAGGAGGAAGGCAGUAUUACAGACCCUGAUGGUGAGCUGUUCUCUGAUAAGCAGCAGAAGGAGGAAGCAGAGAAGCUGGAGGAGAGCCUCAAGACCACAGAGUAUGCACAGCCCUCUGAGGUGCAGCUGGUACAGGGUGUGUCUCCCACUGUGGUGCAGAAUGUAAUAUUUGGCAUGCAGCCAGUUGUCACAGUGCUGGAUGAAGAGGGUGAAAUUGUGAAUGACCUCGGCCACACCAGUGAUCCCUGGAUGGUCACUGUUCAGCUCUGUGGAGGCCCUGAGGGUGCAGAACUCAAAGGCACCCACACUGUUCCCUACCAAGAUGGCGCUGCCACCUUCACCGACCUAUCAGUCAGUAAGCCUGGGGAUGGGUACAGCCUCUCCUUCACCGUCACCCACCCCAGUGAUGCCCCAGCUCUCUCUGUUUCCAUGGGGAAGACAUUCAGUGCUGAAGCAAUGACCCCAGCUAUAACUAUUCUACACCCCGAGUAUCUGAUGCAAGGAGAGUCUAUUGCUUCCUCUGUGCAAUUUGUGGACUUAGACACCCAGCUACCUCUGGAUGCGGGUCUGUUUGAGAGCCAGACAAUUGUCGGCGAGGUGCUAGCCAAGAGUCUUGAUGGCGAGUAUCAGCUGAUCAAGAGGCUGUACUGGGCGGAUGGAGCCUUGUCGGAGCUCUCCUUUGAUGACGUCAUAGUGGAGGAGACCAGCGUGAGGUAUGAGCUGCUUGCCAAGGUUGCUGUGGUGCCCAGUGGAUGGUACCUGGAGUAUGCCACACCUGUGCUGGUGGUGUACCCUAACCACCUGGAAGAGCAGGAAGACUCCAUUGUGAAGGAAGUGAGCGUAGACAUCAACAGGUGGAGGAAACAGGAUGGUGUGGAGGUGCAGAUUGAGGAUGAAGUGCUCACAGUCAUGAUGAACUCUGUGGAUCUGAUGGCCCAGGGUGUUCGCUGGGGGCGUCCCACUGUUGAAUUUGCAGGGAAAAGGAAGAGAGGAAAGAAGAUCAAAGGAAAGGCAACAUUCACGGUUACUGGCCCAGAGGCAGAGGUGGACAAGGCCUUACUGCAAACCUGCCAGAUGCUGCGUAGACCAGUUGGAAUCUUCGUCACAUACAAAUGCAGGCAGUGGAGAUACACAAUGAAGAAGCUGUACGUGGAAGGCAAGUUCAUGCAGUGCAAGGGAUAAAACAAACUCUUGGAGAAGAUGCAGGGCUCCUCUCAUCAAAUGCUUCAAUAAAUGUUGAGAGAUGUUACCAGUCAACGUAAACUCAAGUAGAUCAUUAUUUGUGUAUCAAAGUCAUGCGCAUGAAUAGAAUUGGUGGAUAGAUCAAACAACACUAGGAGAUGCAGGGUUUCUUUGACCAAACACACAUUAUUGGAAGGUGUUAUUGGUCGACGGAAACUCAACUAGAUCAUUAUUCUUAUAGCAAAGUCCUGGCCCCACUUAAUGUUGUCUUGAAAAUUUAAUAUACUGUAGCUUGCAGGGAACCUCUCACCAAAUGUAUACUACUGGAAGACAAACUCAACUAGAUCAUUAUUCAUGCAGCAAAUUCCUGAUCUUUCUUCGGUAGUUAUAUAGUUAUGAAAAUGUUGGGUCAUGCAAGUGUUAUUUCAUCAAAUGUCACUUAUUAGAAGACGAAUUCAGGUUACAGUUGUUAUUCAAGCUGCAAAUUUGUGUGAGUAUCAAUAGUGUAGUACUUGAAAUACAGUGUUUUGGUCUCUUCAAGUUAUGAGUCAUUGCAAAUCUUAUAUAUCACCUAUUGUAUUAUUUGAACUUAAUUGUAAUGAAUGUAUUUAUUGAAUUAUUGUAAGAUCAAAUACAACUGAGUUCUUUCUUGCAGUUUUGUCAUUUAUUGCAAAAGUUGCAGCCUUGCAUAAAACAAACAAUUGUAUUUUUUAAUUUGUGAGGCAAUAAAGACUUUUACCAUGCAUUAUUA